GGUGUACCGCCCACUGGUGACGCUAUUUCCGGGUAACCCUUGGGUAGUUCCCGGAUGUGAAGAAUGGAGUCGGCUUUAGAUUCCCAACUUCGAGAGACGAUGAAGAACCCUGCUAUUAUUGGGGUGCUCUGUGCUGAUGAGCAAGGCCUGAACCUUGGUUGUCGUGGGUCUCUGGUUGAUGAACAUGCUGGAGUGGUGUCGGUCCUUGCACAGCAAGCAGCAAAAUUGACGACUGAUCCAACAGAUGUUCCAGUGAUUUGCCUGGAGUCAGACAGUGGGAAUAUCAUGAUUCAGAAGCAUGGAUGCAUUACCAUUGCUGUACAUAAGAUGACAGUCUAACAGACAUUUGGGAGUUGGAAUGUGACUAUACAAGACAUAUCAAGUUAUCAACAUCAGAGGCUGUGUGCAAGACCUUCUGAGCUUUCUGACUAUGAUGAGUUUUUGGGUUAGUGACAACUUGGGCUGGUGAGAAAGUAAAAAUAUUUUACUUGUCCUCAUGGGGAAUUGAUUUGAAAUUAAACACAAACUAAUGUAGCAAAA